AAUAGGUCGCUGUCUUCUCUCCUUCCCUCUUCUGGUUUCAUAGGCAUCUUGUUUUGCUCGUCGUCCCAUGAUAAUUGCAGAUCAGGGCUCCGAUGUCGUCGGCUGUUACUACUGCUUCUUCCUCCUCCUCUCCUAUUUCCUCUAGACCAUGCCAUAAUUCCGACUGUAAGGAACUCAGGCCUGAGCGCUCCAGAAAAGGAUGGCGUCUUCGCACUGGCGACUUUGCCGAGCUCUGUGAUCGAUGCGCUUCUGCUUAUGAGGAAGGAAGAUUCUGUGAGACUUUUCAUUUGAAUGCUUCUGGUUGGAGGUGCUGCGAAUCCUGUGGAAAGCGGGUUCAUUGUGGGUGUAUUGUUUCAGCUCAUGCAUUCACCUUAUUGGAUCCUGGGGGUAUCGAGUGCAUGACAUGUGCACGGAAGAAUGUCAUCUUAACUUUGCUUUUCCAUUCAGCUUUCUCUGACAGACUGAAAGACCUGUCUGUGAAAAAUUGGAGUCAGUUGGCUGGAUCAGGUCCUGUACCAUGGCGCCAAGCUCCCAGUAUGUUCAAUUCCUCCCUCCCUUCUGGUGAAAGACCACCUUAUGAAGUUGACAUAUCAGCUGCGCUUAACAAACUCAAUACUAGUGAAAGGUUGCCCGUGUCCAUUGAAAAAAGAAAAAAUGACGACUUCUCUGAAAGGUUCUUGAAUGGGAGCCUGAUGCAAUGUGGACAGGAUAUUUGUGAAAAUGGGACUGCAGGAGGCAUUAAAUGUGAGGAUAAACCUAGCUCAUGUUCUAAUAUACCACAACAGUCUAGCUUUGUGAAGGAGGAUUCAUCUACUACGCAAUAUGGUUUGAAUGUACCUUAUGCACCUCCAAAUGAACCAAGUGCAAGGAGUAGGAUUUCUGGAACUCAUUUGAGAUCGACUUCACUAUCUCCUCUGCCAAAGCAGAUCCACACCAAUUUGCAAAAUGGCGCUGACUCCUCUAAUGAACCACAGUCUCGCAAUGGAAGGCCUAGGGGAGAUUCACGUGGAAAGAAUUAUUUGCUUCCGCGAUACUGGCCUAGGUUUACUGACCAAGAGCUACAACAAAUAUCUGUCGACUCAAAUUCUGUAAUUACUCCAUUGUUUGAAAAAAUGUUGAGUGCUAGUGAUGCUGGGCGAAUUGGGCGUUUGGUGCUUCCUAAAAAAUGUGCAGAGGCCUAUUUUCCAUCAAUUUCCCAGCCCGAGGGGUUACCUCUAAAAGUACAGGAUGCAAAAGGAAAGGAAUGGAUAUUUCAAUUCCGGUUUUGGCCUAAUAACAAUAGCAGGAUGUAUGUUCUUGAGGGGGUUACUCCCUGCAUACAGGCCAUGCAAUUGCAAGCAGGUGACACAGUGACAUUUAGUCGGCUAGAGCCAGAAGGGAAGUUGGUUAUGGGUUUCAGAAAGGCCUCAGCAGCGGCUGAUCAGGAAAAUGAAGCAAAAAAGACCAAGAAUGGAGCUCUUGUACAUGGAGAUGCUGAACUGGCUGAUCCUAAUUCGUGGACAAAAGUUGACAAGUCUGGAUACAUAGCGAAAGAGGUCUUGGGAGCCAAACCUUCAAUUUCUAGAAAGAGGAAGAGCAGCACCUUGGGUUCAAAGAGUAAGCGCCUUAGAAUUGAAAAUGAGGACAUGAUUGAGUUGAAGAUAACAUGGGAAGAAGCUCAAGGACUGCUUCGAGCUCCUCCAAACCAAGUUCCUAAUGUUUUGGUCAUUGAAGGUUUCGAAUUUGAGGAAUAUGAGGAGGCACCUGUACUUGGGAAGCCAACAAUUAUACCUCCUGAUAAUACAGGUGAAAGGAUUCAAUGGAAUCAAUGUGAAGACUGUUUGAAGUGGCGAAAAUUGCCAGCCAGUGCUGUUCUUCCCUCAAAAUGGACUUGUUCUGACAACUCAUGGGAUCCUGAGAGAUCUUUUUGCUCAGCAGCUCAAGAGUUGUCAACAGAGAAGCUGGAAGAACUACUAUCCCCCGGUGAUUCAGCUGCUCCUGUCAAGAAGGCUACCAAACUAGAACCAGAUAAUGUGGAAGCUCUGGAGGGACUCGACACACUUGCAAAUUUAGCCAUCUUAGGAGAGGGUGAGGUAAGCCAGGCCACUACAAAGCACCCCCGUCACAGACCCGGAUGCUCAUGCAUAGUAUGCAUUCAGCCUCCAAGUGGGAAGGGACCAAAACAUAAGCAGACAUGCACCUGUAAUGUCUGCCUGACAGUAAAGCGUCGUUUUCAAACGUUAAUGCAACGACGUGAAAAAAAGCAAUCUGUAAAGGAAGCAGAAACUAUACGCCAAAGGCAACAAUUUCAGGAUGAAAUGUUCCUGGAUAGAUCAAUGGACGAUGAAUCUCUUACUUGCAGUAACACAAGUACAAGUAAGCUGAUUGAGGAAGGAAAAAUGAACGAUGACUCUGAUGAGGAUCCUAAUAAGAACAAGCCAUCCACUUCUCCUUUCAAAGGCCAAAUUGAUCUGAAUAUGCAGCCAGAGCGAGAAGACGAGCUGUCUCCAGGUUCUGAUUCUGGAAGCAUGAUGAAAAAUCUUCAAGAUACUGGGGAUAGAUUCUUUGAGCAACAGAGAUUGAACUCUGGUGGCACGGGGAGUUCAUCAAGUGAUCCGUUAGAACCGGGAGUGGAACGUGAACACAGAGUUGAGAAUAUUAGCAGUGUCGUUGAUCUCAGAAGCAGCAAUGUAGACGCGGACAAGGACCAGCCUGCAACCUUGUCCUUCAAUGCUUCGGCAUCCAUGCCAUCCACAGGUUGAGUAAAAGCAUUCUGCUUACAUGCGGGUACUUCAUAUGUGGGUCAGUUUUUGUUGUACAUUCAUCCGCGCUGACUUCAUCCAUUUGCAAAAUCUGUACAUAAAGAGCGUUAGGAAGUGUUGGAUCAGGAUUGAGACACAACCACUCUCUAUAGCAGCUUUAGAUGACAGCGGAAUGCUGAGCAGGGAACUGACUGAUGAAAUCGCUUAGGGAGCCAACAAUCUGACAUUAGGAAAGCAUAUAAUCAAUACUUCGUGCAGGAGUAUUAACAGCUGAAUUUGAUCUCCAGUACAGUUGAAAAUGGAAAUUGGUUUCCAAGUUUGGCUCGGAUUCCAUUUCUUGGGAUAAUCUCCAGUAAUUUUAUUCCAUACCUCUAGUUCUGUGUUUAAUAGGUCUUUCCUUUUUUUUGUUACUCCAGCAGCAUUUGGAGUUCGGAGAUUCGAAUGCUAUAUUCUUAAACCAAUCUCAUCAUCGUUAUUACUUGAUACUUAUUUGGUUGAGAUCUUUCUACAAAAAAAAACAUGUUAAUACAUAUUUGAUAUCUUGA